UGGCCGGUUCUCCUUUAUCGGAACCCUGCGCUCGACGAUGGCCUUAGGCGAGCUCGUUAGCCGAUCCCAGAUCCCCGACGGUGGCGUAGCCAGAGAUCCACCGAUCAAUGGCGCCUCCGCCGCUGCCUCCGAGAGGAAAAAGGUCCGAGAAAGCGAGCGCCGCCGCCGUAGGCGGAAGCAGAAGAAGAACGACAGUAAAUCCUCUGUCUCCUUGGCCGACGACGGCGAGAAGAGGGGAGUAGAGGGAGGGGAAAUAGGCGCAGCUGAGGACGAGCGCAAUGAUUACCCCGAGGUCAACAUGAGUGUGGAAGUGGAGUACAUUCCUGAAAAGGCUGAUGUAGACGAAAGCAUUUUCGAGGAAUUCAAGAAUGUUAUCGAGAAGUUCAACUUCAGAGAUCAUGCUGGUGUCGAGGAUAAUUCAACAAAGGAUGAGACCAUGGGCAAUGCGGCAGCCAAGAAGGGAGAUUCAGAUACAGAAGAGGAUGAGCAGGAAACUCAGCAGAAGGAAAAAGGACUCUCGAACAAGAAGAAGAAGCUUCAAAAACGAAUGAAGAUUGCAGAACUGAAGCAAAUUUGCUCAAGGCCAGAUGUAGUUGAGGUUUGGGAUGCAACCGCAGCAGAUCCAAAGCUACUUGUAUUUCUUAAGUCGUAUCGAAAUACUGUGCCUGUUCCAAGGCACUGGUGCCAAAAGCGGAAGUUUUUACAGGGAAAACGAGGUAUUGAAAAACAACCUUUUCACCUUCCUGACUUCAUUGCUGCAACUGGAAUAGAGAAAAUAAGACAGGCAUACAUUGAGAAAGAGGAUAGCAAGAAGCUAAAACAGAAACAGCGUGAGCGCAUGCAACCAAAGAUGGGAAAGAUGGAUAUUGAUUAUCAGGUCCUUCAUGAUGCAUUUUUCAAGUAUCAGACCAAACCAAAGCUGACAACACAUGGAGAUCUAUACUAUGAAGGAAAAGAAUUUGAGUUCAAACUUAGGGAAAUGAAGCCAGGAAUGUUGUCAAGGGAACUCAAAGAAGCACUAGGGAUGCCUGAUGGUGCACCGCCUCCAUGGCUUAUUAAUAUGCAGAGGUAUGGCCCACCUCCAUCCUACCCUCACUUGAAGAUACCUGGGCUAAAUGCUCCCAUCCCUCCUGGAGCCAGCUUUGGUUAUCAUCCUGGAGGUUGGGGUAAACCUCCAGUUGAUGAAUAUGGACGCCCAUUAUAUGGCGAUGUUUUUGGGGUACUGCAGCAGGAGCAACUUAAUUAUGAGGAAGAACCGGUUGAUCGGAGCAAACACUGGGGAGAUUUGGAGGAAGAAGAGGAAGAAGAGGAGGAAGAGGAAGAGGAGGAAGAGAUGGAAGAAGAGGAAUUGGAGGCUGGCAUUCAGUCUGUUGACAGCCUUUCAAGCACUCCCACCGGUGUAGAAACACCUGAUGUGAUUGACUUGAGGAAGCAACAGAGGAAGGAGCCUGAGAAACCACUUUAUCAAGUACUUGAAGAGAAGGAAGAAAGAAUUGUUCCUGGGACUCUGCUGGGAACAACCCACACGUAUGUGCUUGGGGCGCAAGAUAAAACAGCUGCAAAAAGGGUUGAUCUUUUACGGGGUCAAAAAUCAGACAAGGUGGAUGUCACCAUACAACCAGAAGAGCUGGAAGUUAUGGACGAUGUUUUGGCAGCCAAGUAUGAAGAAGCACGAGAGGAAGAGAAGGUACGGAACCAGAAGGAGGACUUCAGCGAUAUGGUUGCAGAGCAAGCGGCAAACAAAAGAAAGCGCAAGGAGAAGGAAGGGAAAUCGAAGAAGAAAGAUUUCAAGUUCUAGACCAUGUGGCCUGGUCUUUUGCUUAAAGCUUACCCUUCUUAGCGUUCAGCAUAUAGGUAUUUUUUUCGACAUAUCUAGAUGUGUCAUUUUAAGGGAUUCUUCCACGGUUUAAUGCUCCUAGAUUUAAGGUGCACUUCAUCUUAUGUUCCAGGUCACUCACUCUUGCUGUGAAUGGAGUGUCGGGGAACAUUGUUUGUUUGUCUGCCACAAGCUGCUAUGUCAUGUUCUUAUAAAAUGUGUCUUUGUAGAAUAGCUAUUGAACUACAUUAAUAGAUCAUCAAGAUGAUUUGCUUGCA